GAUCCAUAGGCGCGCCUCGAUCAAGUUAAGUCCCAUGCGUGGCCGCGUUCAGUACGCGACGAGACAUCUCUCGGUGUGGUUCUCGCAACUAAAUUCAACCGAUUCAGCAACGUCGGGGCAUCCGUCAACGUUGUUUUCUUCUUCUCGAGUUUGGUGCGCGAAAACGAUCGACAGUUUUGUCAUUUGGUGAAAAAAAUCAGUGCAAUUUAGAAAAGAGGAAAGAAGGGGAAUCGAUCGCGAUGAACGAGAUGGAUCUGCAAUUGGCCAGGGCGAUGGUGGAUCUCGAGUUGGAGGAAAAUACACCGAAAAAAACUGCCAUCACAAAAAUGCACGAUAAACAGCAAACGUUCAGCAACACGCGGUGCGAGUUAACAGUCGAUUACACGGAGGCACUGGAACCGCGAAGUGGUACCCGGUAUAUAGUGAUGCAACGUGGUGGAAGUAUACUGAGUAGGGCGGUUUUGCUCAAACGACAUUCAAGCAUCGAUAAAAUUAUCAGGAGAACAAGAAGUUUAAACGCACCUAGUCCGAUUCAACAAUUUGGGCCAUGCGGACGCAUCAUGAAGAAUUCUGCGAUGGUGAUGACCAUACAAGAUCCAGCCUCCCAGAGGUUGACGUGGUACAAGCCACCGCUCACUGUUCUCGUUAUCAAAAAAGUCCGGGAUUCCUCGGUACUGCCACCAUUUGUACAAUUAGUUACAUGGUUAAUAGAAGAAAAACGGAUGGUAGUAUUCGUAGAGGCAUCUGUCCUGGAAGAUCCAGCCUUGGCUAGGGAUCUCAGAUUUCAAGAGGUUCGAGAUAGGCUACAGACUUUCAGAGAUGGCACGGAUGAUUUACAGGAUCGUAUUGAUUUCAUUGUCUGUCUGGGAGGCGAUGGAACGCUUCUCUACGCAAGUUUGCUAUUCCAGCAAUCGGUACCUCCAGUGAUGGCAUUUCAUCUUGGUUCCUUAGGAUUCCUCACACCCUUCGAAUUCGAUAAUUUUCAAGAACAAGUAACAAACGUAUUAGAAGGUCAUGCGGCUUUGACCCUGAGGAGUCGACUAAAAUGUAUCAUCAUGCGAAAAGGAGAAGAGAACAAGGAGACAAAACCGCCACGAACGGAAUUAUUGGUGCUGAACGAGGUCGUGGUGGAUCGAGGUCCGUCCCCAUAUCUUUCAAACAUCGACCUCUUCAUCGAUGGUAAACAUGUGACCAGUGUACAGGGUGAUGGCCUGAUCGUAAGCACGCCGACCGGGUCUACGGCGUAUGCUGUUGCGGCUGGGGCCAGCAUGAUUCAUCCUUCUGUACCUGCGAUCAUGAUUACACCGAUCUGCCCUCACUCUUUGUCCUUCAGGCCGAUCGUCGUGCCCGCCGGCGUCGAAUUGAAGAUAUCUGUUUCACCUGAUAGCAGAAACACUUCAUGGGUAUCCUUCGAUGGUAGAAAUAGACAGGAGCUUUUUCAUGGCGAUAGUUUAAAAGUAACAACAUCCAUCUAUCCAGUACCCAGCAUUUGUGCUGCCGACCAAAUUACUGAUUGGUUCGAUUCAUUGGCAGAAUGUUUACACUGGAACGUUCGCAAGAAGCAGAAACACUUGGAUGAACUGAGCGACUUGACUCAUUCAUCUAGCAACGAUACGCUAGAUUCUCUCGAUCGUGAUAGCUAGGUCAGGCAAACGAGUCAUAGACUGAACCAAUACAAUCACUUAUACAUCAAGCCCUAAAUAAUUAUGUUCAAAAUCAUUUACGAAUCGAUAAUUGUCCGAUAAGACUUGGUUCGAUAAAAAAAUCAAUGAUUCAUUGCGUACAAUGCAUGAAAAGGGCAAGUCGUAUAACUUGUGUUCUAACUUGUGUUCGUUCUGUCAUAAAAAACAGAAGAGAAUGAACUCGUCUAAUCAUUAAAAGAACUGAAAUAUCGUACAUGGAUUGCAGGCACUAUUAGCGAUUUACAGGUUAGCGGAACUCGAAGUUCUCAAAAGAAAUAAUAAUAUUUUGAUACGUUCAAAAGUAAAUGAAAUAUCGAGAUUGUUCGUCUUCACGAAAUAAAAGAUCGUAAAGACUUUAUGGCUAUAAUCAGUGCAUCGAAAAGCACAACAGAAGUUUUCUAUGUCCAACGCAUAAUUCUACAGUGAUAUUUCACUCUAAUUUGCAAAAUCAUUUCUAAAACAAAUUUCUUUUCUUUUUUUUUUUUUUCUUUUUCUUUAUUGAAUUUAAAUUAAUAAUGUUGAAUAUAAGAUUAUAAAGUAUGAAAGCAUUUGAAGAAAUUAUAAAAAAAAUAUUAAUGAUA